AUCCCCCUCUUUCUCUUUUACCACCAUCCAUCUCUGCGUGUUUUUGUGUGUGUAGCAAGCAAAGUAACAGCGAAGAAGAAAACCUAGGGAAUCAACAGCCAUGGCGGAACACCGUGUAAGCAAGAGGCUGAGAAAUUACGUCACCAACAAGGAACAACCAGAAUUCACCGGCAAAAGUCUCAGGAAAAUUCGAGUCAUCUGCUCCGACCCUGAAGCCACCGACUCAUCAUCGGAUGAAGCUGACAGCGGAGAGCGAUCAUCGCCACGCCGAAUUGUUUGUGAAAUUGUGAUUGGGGUCAAAUCUGAUGAAGCCGAGGAACCUGUGGAGCGGAAGGAUUCGGCGGAUCAAACCGGAAAGAAGAAAUUAACCGGAGUUCGAUUGCGAAAGUGGGGUAAAUGGGCGGCUGAGAUCCGUGAUCCAUUUAGCAGAAAAAGAAUUUGGUUGGGUACAUAUAACACCGCGGAAGAAGCAUCGAAAGCGUAUACGACCAAGAAGCAGGAGUUUCAAGCAAGAUUGUCGGCUUCUGCCCCAAUUCGACCCAAAUCCGAUGGCGAAUCGUCGACACAGGUUUCUCAGGAGGCAGAUCAUUACUCUACGGAGGGGGAGGAGAAGGAGACGCGUUUGUCGGGUCGGGUCGUUCCGGAUCACGCCCCAAUUGCGAAAUCGAAAGUGGUUCAUUGGAAGAAGUGGGAUAGAUGGGGUGCCAAUGUUCAUAACCCGGUAAUCAAUUCAAACAUCCAGUCUGAUGAUACAUGUGAUGCUGAAGAAGAGGCUUCAAAUACACUCCAAUCGAUGAAGAUGGGUUUGAGGCCGGGUUACAUGGCCCCAUUCGGAUCAGAAAGUGGCUCAUCUCGUAAAUCCUCAAAGACCGAGACGAGCGGUGGCGGUGGUGGUGGCGAUGAAACAAUCAGCGGCACCACCACCACCACCACUUCCAUGGAAGUAUCAACAGAGGAGAAAGGAAGAAACACAGCUACGGAGGAAGGUCAAUUAAGUGAAAAUGUAGAUACAGAAGAAGGAAACAAGCCACCAUGGUUGGGUUUGGGCAUUGGUAUGCUUGUGAUAGAUAACAAUGGCAAUCUGUUGGGUCAAUUCAGCAGGCUGGAUGAUGACCUGAGGAUCUGCUGAUUAACAACAAGGGCAAGAAGCUGUUUAUGUGACUCCAAUUACCUAUUUGCUGACUGCAGCGAUUGUACAUGUUUUUAAUUCUGCAACAGUCACUGGUAUACGAAUAUCAUUUGUUGAGUCUUUCCUGCUUUCCCAGUAACAUUUCCUUUCCUUUUCUUCUUUUCUUUUCUUCCAUGGAGUCAAGACCUGUGUAUGACAAUUGCAUUUUGUGGUUCUACAUUCCUUGAGCUCUUCAAUUUGAUAUUGCAGAUUUACAUUCUUUGAACUUUAUACAUUGAAAGAUAAUAAAUGUUUCAGUUUCAAAUUCAA